CUUUCUUUCUCUCGCUCUCUACACGGAUGUCGACAUGCCUCGCACUCUGCCUUGAUCGUCUGGCCACGGGUGCGCGCGCACGCGCGCCUCUGUCGUCGUCUGCUUCGCUGUCGUCUGCUGCUGCCGCGCGUGAGAGCGCGGUCUCCUUUCGGCGGUCUGCUCUGCUCGUUGCGGCGCCGGCGUUUCGUGACGCUGUCGUUAACGGCGGCGACGACUGUCUGCUGCUCGCUUUUUUUUGGGGGGGUGCGAAUCCCCGCGAAUCACGGCCGGACCAUUCUCGUUUCUCGAAACGGAAGCGCCGCGCCGUCAAGGUGACGGUGCACCAAAAAAGGAAUCGAGGAGAACUGCGCCAGACGAGAAAGAAAGGAAGCCCAGAAACCUGCGUUGAACGGAAUUGUUGCGGUUCUGCCCCGUUAUCGCCGGCAUCGCCGUCAAGGGUGCGCUUCGUCUGUUGCGCCGUUCGAGUGUGUCGUCUGCCAGCGGUCUUUCUUCUGGUCGGCGCAGUUGUCGCUGCCGCUCUUGUGUGAGGUGUGCGCGUCGUCUGGCCAGUGGUCUUCGACAGCAGAAGUGUCGUCUGGUAGCGUCAGAAGUGUGUCGUCUGGAGGACCGUCGUCUGCUCGCCUGACACGCGACCUGCGGUUGCGCAUGCGUCAGCGUUCCUUCGUCGAACGCCGUUAGGUGCUGUCGUCCGGAUUGUCGCGGUUUGUCGUCUGCUCGCUGUUGUCUUCUGCAUCGUCGUCUGCUGCGGUGUGCGCGUGCGCAACGCUGUCAAGUCGCUUUAGACGCUAUAGUAUGAACGCUGCGUCGACGGGAGAGUCUUCCGUGCCUACAGCUAAGUUCCGACACGUUGUUAUCGGAGUUUAGAUGCACUCGGGAUUUCUUCCUGUUUCGUGGUGGUCGGUUCCAGUUGCCGUCCGUGUCACGUGUGUUUUGUGUGUACGGUGUGAGUAAGCGUGCGGCCGUCAUCAGCCGUUCGUGGGCUGCUUUCUGAGGAAAGGAGGCGUCGUACACCGGUCACCGACAUUUCCAAGAUCGUGUUCAAGGGCUCCUCGUCCAUGACCUGUAUGCUGGUGGAGUUGCAACCGCCAGGUCGCCCGGAGCUCCCAGCGUUUGUUAACGGUCCCAAGUGCGGGAACAGUAACAUGAGGACCGGCUCGCUGGGCUCCAACUCGCGGCUUCCGCACGGUGCCAGCAGCGGCGGGGGCGGCUCGAGCGGAGCCGUGGAGGUGAGCAAGCAUGCCAGCCGGCUGGCCACCCUGAGCCGCCUCUUCAAGCCCUGGAAGUGGAAGCGGAAAAAGAAGAGCGACAAGUUCGAGCAGACCUCACGCACCUUGGAGCGCAAAAUUUCAAUGCGAGCCACAAAAGAGGAGCUAAUCCAGCGGGGUGUUCUGCUCUCUGACCGUGAGCUUGGGAGCCCCACGCAGAAAGGUCCCAAGUGCGGGAACAGUAACAUGAGGACCGGCUCGCUGGGCUCCAACUCGCGGCUUCCGCACGGUGCCAGCAGCGGCGGGGGCGGCUCGAGCGGAGCCGUGGAGGUGAGCAAGCAUGCCAGCCGGCUGGCCACCCUGAGCCGCCUCUUCAAGCCCUGGAAGUGGAAGCGGAAAAAGAAGAGCGACAAGUUCGAGCAGACCUCACGCACCUUGGAGCGCAAAAUUUCAAUGCGAGCCACAAAAGAGGAGCUAAUCCAGCGGGGUGUUCUGCUCUCUGACCGUGAGCUUGGGAGCCCCACGCAGAAAGGGGAAACUGUGACCCCACCCUCCCCACUGCCUCCCUCGCCCUCUUCUUCCCCCCAAGCCAAUGGCGCGGUUGUGUCCCCCGACGAGUCGGAACCCGAUAGCACGUCUGUGAUAGCCUCCGCUGCCCCCGCUUCCGCCGGGGACGAAGCCGCAGCGCCCUCCUCCGCUGCCUCCGAGGCAGAGAACCCCGCGACAGCACCCCCGAUCCUGCUGGACAUGAGCUCUCUGCACCUGUCCCCCGUGGGCCACAGCGGCGGCGGCGGCGGCGGUGGGGGGGAGCCCCCUUCCCUGGAACUCCUGACCCUCUCGGCACUGCCAGAGCCUCCUAUAGCAGUGAGCGAGAUCGGACCCAUCCCGCCCCCGCCAAUGUUCUCCAACCCGUCGCCCACACUAGGGCUGCGGUUUGCCGAAGUGGCCUCGAGCCUAAACCUGAGGUUUGCCGCUAUGGCGGAGCGCAACCGGCAGAUGGCGGCCGCCGCUGCAUCGCAGGAAGGGUCCCCCGCGGCACCCCCGACGCAGCAGCAGCAACCGCCACGGCAGCAGACGCCCCUGCCACCGCGCCGGUUGGUGCCUCCCGAGGGCGACGACUCGGACGACUCGGGGGUGACGGGCGACAUCUGUGAGGCGGCGGCACCCGCACGGACAGGAGCCUCGCCCGCUGGUGGCGGAGGAGACAGCGGCGGGCCCCUCGUCGAGGAGAUACCGGCCAAGGAGCCUCCUCGGAGCUCUGCCCUGCCCCGCAAGAGCGCACUCAAGAAGCAGCAGGUCAACGGGGCCCACGCGACACAGCAGCAACUGACGGCAGCACAAGCCAGGUUGCGGCCAACGCGCAUUCACCUGAGCCCCAGUGGGGCCCAGAGUCCCCUGCCUCCCGGGUUGCAACUUCAUGAGGGCAGCAACAAGGAGAACCACUGGCCCCCCCACCCCCGUCUGCCAGCCCCGGCGGUGACAACCACUCAGACUCAGACGAGGAUGGCCCCAUCAACUGGCGCGACUACUACUGGCGACGACGAGCAAGGUCGCCUGGCCGCCAAGAUAGCGCGCAAGGACUCGCUGGCCCUCAAGCUUUCCCAGCGGCCCGAUCGGCAGGAGCUCAUCGACAAAAACAUCCUACAGAUGCAGUCUGAUCGCGAAAGGCAGGAGUCACGGGAGGCGGUUGGAAACAAAUUAACAAGGAGGCUAAGUUUGCGUCCGACGCCUGAAGAGCUAGAACAAAGGAAUAUUCUCAAGCUUCAGACUGCUGAAGAGCUCAAGAAGGAGAAGGAGCAGAAGAAGAAAGUAUUAAUACGGAAGUUGAGCUUCCGGCCCACCAUCGAGGAACUGAAGGAGCGAAAGAUCAUUCGCUUCAACGACUACGUCGAGGUGACGCAGGCACAAGACUACGACCGCAGGGCCGACAAACCGUGGACCAGGUUGACGCCGAAAGAUAAGGCGGCCAUUAGGAAAGAACUGAAUGAAUUCAAAAGCAUGGAGAUGGAGGUUCAUGAAGACAGCAGGCACCUCACUAGGUUUCACAGGCCUUGAAGCUCAUCUGCCCUCAUGGUAACUGAACAAGCCCGGUCAAGGGCAAAGGGACUUGGCGCCUUGUCCAAGGUCACUCCCGUGCCGACGUCUCCAGUGUCGGUGGUCACAGCUGGGCUGCGAACCACGUUUCCCGACACCCGGACGCGCCCACUGGGAAUCAGGCAUUCGGCGAGGGGCAAGGUGCGAUCAGCAAUUAGAGAUGCGCAGGCAUUAUUACUUCAAAUGCAAGCUUCGUUAUUAAGCGCCCUCCCCCACCAUUAGGCAACAAAGGGAGCCAAUCAGGGUGAGCAUCAAUGCCUAGAAAGAUGGCAACUUGACAUCCCAAGAAAUUUCUAGAGGAACCUUUGUCAACGCCGACAGCAGAAGGAGGUUGUGUGAAGAGUUGCUUACCUGGCUGGAAUGCAGGCAGUUCGGUCUGCAUGGUGACUGCUUUGUGUGCUUGCGGAGUCCCUGGCUGCAGAGUGAGAGCGCUACUGUCUUCCCUGCGUUGCAACCGUGCGGCCACGACUCUGAAGCACUUGCUGCGAAGACAGGACAGACCAACUUAUCAUUGGCCAGCACGUGAGUGACUCGACGUACAGAAGUCUGCUGCAUGAAAUCGGCCCAAGAGAGGCCAAGACCAGCAAGAACUCGGCAAAACUGAAGGAUUGCUCUGUCUCGUAUCUACAUCGGGCACGCCAGAUGGUUGCGUUGCCAUCCCGGUCUCGGCAGGGCGCUUCCAACCUUGGUUUCGCCUGUUUCCUGCCACAUUUUGUUUUUUUUUUUUUUUCUUAAACGCUUGCGAAAACAGGAAAGCCGACCCAAUCUCACCUGCCCACGACGCUCUUCACCAACUGCUCCGUUCACGCACUUCGUGUUAACACCGCAGCAUUCAAGUCGCACGAUGUCCCUAUUCCGGGUGCCGUCUCCCACCCUCAAGGAGCCGAAAAAAAGAAACGAACGGGAGCCGCAAAGGGUGUUUGUCGUGACCGCCGAGUGUAGUAAGCGUUCCCCAGAUGUUGGGCCACGCAAGUCACCAGUUCUUUUGUGCCGUUCUUCGUCAGUGCAGGUGUCGCGCCGUUGACUUUCCCGCGCAACCCUCCGCGUAAUUCCUCAGGCUGGACCUACAAGCUGGGGCCAUCGUGCCGUCGGCAACAGCUUAUUGUUCUGUUUGUUUGUUUUUUUUUUCUCUCUGCCUCUACGUCAAGUCCUGCGCCUGCAGAGAGUGGAGAAAUGAGGUCUUUCUUUUUCUUGUUCGCUGCGUCAGACUCGUUAUGCCAGCUGUGCUGCAAUGCCUCCCUGCCACCAAGUCACAUGACAAAAGCUGCACCAGUUCUCUUGUGUGUCAUUGGAAGACUGCUGCUGCAUGUGCUAUGUGUGUGUGUGUGUGCGUGCGUGUUUUAUUAUUUUUCUUUGUCGUUUAUUGGGAUUUGAAUCGUGCAUGUUUUCCUGUUAUGUUCGGCCAGCCUUGUUUUGUUUAUUGUGCUUUUAAUCUUUGUUGUUAUUCUUUUAAUCUUUUAAACUUUAGUCAUGAUAAAAGUGCUUGUCAUCGUGACUUUCUCACCUGUGAGCUCCGCAGCCUUUGGUGGCAAAUGGAAAAAUUUGUUUCGUCGCUUUUAGUGUUUGCGAAGAAGACCUUUCGGGAUGGGUAGCCUCUUUACUGCGGAGGAACGUUGACUGUUUCUUUUGUUUGUUGUUGUUGGCUGUUCCUGGUGUUUCUGCUCUUUAUCGCUAGUUUUUAAAAACUGUUUCUUGUGAAGCAAACGAAUCAUGUAUGCGCCGCUCGUGUUAUGUACGAGUUGCCGUUUAUCAUCUGGCAAGUAUGUAUGUACGCGUAUGUACAUGUCGUGUUCGCAUAUGUACGUACGCGCUUGCUCGUGUUACAUAUGAGUUGCCUCUUAUCAGUGUCGACAUCCUGUUGGGAUGUGUUGUGCGCCACGUCAUUCAGAGCAAGUACUGUAUCGGUUCUGUCAUUUUGUCAUAUCUGAAAUUCACUUCAUUACACUUGCGCUAUUUUUUUUUUUUUUUUUUUUUUUGUAACGGUUACUCGUGUUACGAGGGAUUGUGUUGCGAAAAGCUACCGAGGUUGUACACCUGCCUGAGUACGAGUCGUUUUUGUCACUUUGCAUCUCCAUGAUGCAGAAUGGUAGAGCAACAGGUAAAGCAGGUGUCCGUUACUCGUGCUACGCAAAUUUUAGUUGAGAAAGUUCCCGUUUGUUUCAACCUUGCGCAACUUGAAGUGGUUUGUGGAAAUAAUUAUUUUAGUGUUGUCGUACUUGGCAUGUGUGGGCGGUUCUCGAGAAAUCUUCGCUCUCAGCCAGUCAGUAAGUUUACUGCCUGAAGUAUUCGCUGGAAGGCAGUGCACCGGUUAAUGUUUGAUGGGGUUUUGUGCAAAAGAUACCAUUGUAACUGUGACUGUUUGCAUUGGGUGCAGGUUUUAAGCAAGCAUUGCGAUGCUUCGGCAGCAUUGCAGUUUUCAUGGGUCAAAUAAUGUAACACGAAAGACAAAUAUGCCUGGCUUUUUUUUUUUUUUCUAGACUCGCACCCAGCAGGUACUGUAAUGCUCGCCAUCUUGCCUACUUGCCUCAAAGUUCUUUUUGCACCAAAUGCUGCAUCGAUAGUCCACUGAGUAUAAAUAUCUCUUCCAGCUAUAAACUGGUUGUUAGUUUGCCCCAAAAUGCAAUUCAGGUGUGGACUCUCAAGGUGAAUAAUGUUUGGUUUCCAUAUUUGGGUUGCAGUAUAGCCUGUUUCAACUGAAAGGAUAACGAUACCAUUUGUCCUGGCAAGGCCAAGUGGAUGUCGGGGAAAAGACAGAAUGCGAAGCAGUUUUAUGCUCUUGAAGACAGAUGGCAUCACUGUGCUAGAACCCACGUCUUAUGACCAGCCUCGCUGCAGAAGAAUCAUUUAUUGCACUUAUGUAGACAAAAUUGGAAAGUAUUUUCUCAAGAAAUGUCAUUAGUAAACAAAAUGCACCAUGGAACAUCUCCAGGUGAAGUUUGAAAACAAGUAAUCCAGUGAUCCAAGAGCUGUUUAUACCAGAUUACCAUAUCAGGUUGACUUUCACCAGCUAGUGCUGUCUACUUAAUGCAAACCCACACUUCUGCAACGUUUUCUCACUUAGAAACGAGCAAUGCCUUUAAUGUUUGCUUCAUACGUCUCCCGCAUUUUUUUUUUUUUUUUUGAAUUCGAGGCAUGAAGGAAUAGCUUGGCACUAGGCUCUAUGCAAUGCUUGAUAAGGGUGUUUGAAGAAACAUCAACACGAAGGCGAGUUUGGUUCGCGUGCUUUUCGUUUGGCGAGGUCCUUCUUCUCGUUCAUGAGAACUUGGCACUGAACACUGGCGAGCAAUGGAACAAAUGAAGCCACUUAAUUCCUUCCUUUUCUUUGUCGUUGUCCUUGUUGUUGAGGGCGUGUGCACGUAGUCCUAUGUGACGAGGCUGUGCUGCUCAGGCAAGUGAUUGAAGGAUGUACAUAAGUGUCGGGCAUGCGUUUUUGCUGCGGCACAUGUAUAUAUAUACAUAUAUAUAUAUAUAUACACACGUAUCUGUAUCGUGCACGUCUCGGUGUUCCUUCGAUUAUCUCGUAACGCGCCUGUUGGCCUUGUCACAUGCCAAAGCGCGCAAGUCUGUGUGAAAGUUCUCUUGCCUUCUAUAUGGUGUAGAUUUGUGAGUAUGAAUUUUUACAGCUAUUUUAAUUGAUUUGGAAACCUUAGUUGGCCCUGUACAUAGGUUGCGAACAAGGCUGUGUAAAUAUUGUACAUGUGCAAAUGCCUUCUUUGUUUUUUUUUUGUUUUUUUCUUCCACUUGUUUUGUUGGUCAUUGAAAAAUGGGGAUUUCUUUUGUUUUGGUUUUGUUUCCACACGGUAUAGACCAUUCUAGGCUUUUGGCCCUGUGUGUCACCAUCUUGGGCUGUAAUGCGAACGGUUUCUUUCUUCCCCUAACACUUUCCGCCACAAGGUCUCCUUAAGUUCACACACCAAUUAAAUGUCAAAAGCAUUUGUAAGACCAUUUACGUUAUAGAAAAGUGCUGACGUUAGCUAGAUUUGUAGAUUGUGCGCCCGGGAGCACCAAAUUGGGAUCAGUGUUGCCGUGGGCCGAAGCUUCGUAAGCCAGGGAAGACGCAGACUAAGAUAUGCACCAACACCAACUUUUAAAUUUUCACACUGGCUUUACCCCUUCAUGGUGUCAUGGAUUCUGGCAGAGCCUUCCAGGAGUCUAGUAAAUUCUUCACAAAUACUUAGUGUAACCGUGUUGUAACAUGGCCGCAUCUAACGCGAGUAUACUUUGUUGUACACAGUAUUCGUUGAAAGCAUAUAUUUGCUACAUGCUGAUAUUUCAAAGGUGUAUUUUAGGUUUACUUUGCAAUAUCUGAAAAUUCGUUAUAUAUCUGUGUUCCUUAAGUAUUGAGGGACUGAAUUGCUUUAAAAUAUGAGCAAAUAUCCCGCCUUGAUGCUUUUAGGGACUCUUUUAUAAAUACAGUGCAAAUGCCACAAAAUGCAGUGAAAUUUGUGAUGUCGUGAAUGUCAUUGUCAACACAACCAGGCUGUAAAAUUGAGGUUGAGAAUUUUGGACACCAUUGAGCGUCUUUGAAAGGGAAUUUGUGCCGAGAACUGUUGGACUCUGUACUUUACGACCAAUCUCAUUUAGCCUGUUUGAUUGAAUUAGCUUGUCGCAGGACUGAAAAAGUGAUAGUCGUAAGGUGGCCAUUCCCUGUCUGUGCUCUGUUGUUAUUUGGCUCUUUCCAUUUUCUCGACUAUUAGCGGCCAUAUUUUUUGGCCAAGGAAACACAGUUCCGAAAAACUCUACUGUCAGUCUAAACUAAUCCAUUGGUUAUUUUAGUGUUUAAUAAAUUAAUCGGCCAUAGUACCAUACAUUGGUGGUUUCGAUUACAAACUGGCCUUGCCCAACAGCCACUGAUGGUGACACAUGCACUUUUCUAGGAAUUGUCUAUACGGUGCUUUUUUUUUUUUUUUCCCCCCCACUUAGCCCAGUUGUCUAAAGCCCAAACUUGUGCUGUUUAUUUCUCUACCACACAAAAGGUUUUAGUGCAUGCUUUACGCAAUUUUUUCUUUUUUUUUUUUUCAAAGAAAUUGAAGGUACUGCUUUUGAAGCAGCAGUGGACUGACGAAAGCCUUUGGAUGUGAAUAAAAAAAAAAGUGAAGAUAAAUGUUGCA